AUGGCUUCAGCAGAUCCAACGGGUCUUACCAAAACUUGGGAACUUUCACUAUAUGAAUUGCAUAGAUCACCUCAAGAAGCUGUUACUGACAAUACCGAAAUUGCUGUAUCACCACGAAGUCUACAUAGUGAAUUAAUGUGUCCAAUAUGUUUGGAUAUGUUGAAAAAAACAAUGACUACUAAAGAGUGUCUUCAUAGAUUCUGUUCAGACUGUAUUGUGACUGCUCUUCGUUCAGGCAAUAAGGAAUGUCCUACUUGUCGUAAGAAACUAGUAUCUAAAAGGUCUCUACGUCCUGAUCCAAAUUUUGAUCUUCUUAUAUCUAAGAUCUAUCCUAACCGUGAUGAAUAUGAAGCACAUCAAACUAAAGUAUUAGAAAAGUUAAAUAAAAGUCAUAGUCAGGCCAAUUUAGUUCAAUCAAUAAAUGAAGGUAUUAAAUUACAAACUCAAAAUCGACUUCAACGACCCAAAAAGAACCAACAUGAAGAACUAAAUGAAAGUAGCUCAUCGACUACAUCAAAACCUUCAAAUAGUUCAAGCCAAGAUAAUGUAACAAGAACAAUGUUACAAACAAAAGUGACAAAAAAAAUGAAGUCUAUUAUGAUCUCAGAAAAAGAAGGACCAGCUUCAACUGUCGACACUUCAGACAUAACAGAAUGUGAUGGUUCAUCAAAAGGCGUGUCAGUAGAUGAAAUAGAACUAGUAUUUAAACCUCAUCCUAUAGAAAUGGCCAGUGAUAAUCAAUUGAUUAGAGUUUUGAAAGACAACUCAGUACGUUAUAUAAAAACAACAGCUAAUGCAACUGUUGAUCAUUUGAGUAAGUAUUUAACCAUGCGAUUGACAUUAGACCUUGGCCCUGAACUUCCGGAACGAGCCUUAAAUUUUUUGAUCUAUGUUGCACCUACCGCGGAUCAAUUUGUUCCUCUCAAUGGCAAUCAAACUCUUCGAAAUGUACUUGAUAAAUAUUGGAAAGUUAACAAGCCACUGGAAAUGUUUUACUCUUUCACUUGAGUUAUUUAUUUAUUAUUUGUUUCUUGCAACUAGUUAUAAGUUUAUAUUUGUAAUUGUUAAUAAAUAUCAUUAAAAAUAAAAAUGAAUAAUACCUUAC